CUCAAUGCUUGCUUCUUAUAUCUUGUGUGCGGAGCCGCCUCCGCAUUGCGAACAUUCGCCGUCAACGGCAGGAAGUACGGGCUUCCUGUGAUGAUUAUACUUGUCUCGACUGUUCCAGUUGCAGCUAACAUUGCCAACAUAGCAUCUGUGACUAUGGCUCCUACUCUACCUUCAAUGACUUGCACGAUUGUAUGGAGUAUCGGAACCCCAGUGAUGCUCGAAAUCGUCACGCGCGUUAGCAUUAUGACUGGUGAUGCGAUGGUUCUCCUAGCGAUGUGGCGGGCUAUCGGUGGAUUACCCAAGGUGACCGCGGUGCUUCACGCCAAAGUCUCUAUCGCAAGUCGCUUACUGCGAGAUGGCACUCUGUAUUUCUCUGCCCUCCUGCUCAUGAACGCCCUUGUACUCGCACUGUACAUCCUACCUACGAAUUUUGCAGGCAAGAACAUGGGUUCGCUCCCUGACAUCGCCGCGGUUGUCCUCCUCUCCCGCCUAUUCCUCAACUUACGCGAGGCCGCAUUCAGUCCAGCAACAGUCUUGAGCACAACUGAAGCUCAGAUGUCCGCCUCGGACCUAACCUUCGCUCGUGUUCUCGGGGUUCUAGGAAGCUCUAUGAUAGAGGAGGACAGUUGUCAUUCGGAGGAGUUGGAAAGCUCUGGGGAUGGGGAGACAUGCGAGGCGGAAGUCUCGGGAGAUGAGCAUAUCGCUGACGAAGGCUCAGGAGCUGCAGAGUUCAAAACCAUCACGAUUCAUUCAUCGGGUGACAAUGGUCUACUAGAGGCGGCGGAUGGAUCGCCGCGGGGCAGACAAGGCGCAUCCGCGGACAAGGAUCCACUCAUCAAACUCCUGGAGAGAAUUGCCUAGAAUAAAUAGCAAUCGUACUGCAUCCUAGAGGCUCGCGUUACAUGCAUUGGUGAUCAUACGACGGAACUAGAUACCGUUCCCAACUUCACCUGAAUGGGU